AUGGUCUACGCGCAACAUCUUCCAUGGCGAACAGCGCUUCGACAUGCCCGGCCACGAACCCACCUCGCUGAACAGCUAGGAUGUAGGACUUGCCAGGCGCAGCUGUGCGCUCCGUCAAGAUCCCAUCUGCUCUCAUUACCAGGCGCAACGCACUCACCCUAUCUACAACCAUCAUCCCUCUCUCUCUCGCGGAAUUUUUCAUCUUCUCCAGCAAGGAGGAAAGAGAAGCCGUCUUCACCGGAGGAAGAUGACGUCCAGCCGCAGGAAGAGCGGAAAGAGGAGGUGACGGAUAAGCCACGGCCAGUAGACGACGUUAUCGAUGCAAAAAGCAAGCCCUCCGAGCCAACCCCAAUCCCUGGCGCAGUCGAUGGCAAAGCCUCGAGUGCAGCCAGUGGAGGUGGUGAAUCAGGCUCCGGCAAUAAUGAUGGCGGGAGUCGGAAACGGAAAGGUCAAGAGCGUAGCUUGACGAAGAAUGCGCCCCCGGAGGUCUACCCACAAGUUCUCGCAAUACCCAUCGCUCAGCGACCCCUCUUCCCCGGCUUCUACAAGGCGAUCACGAUCCGGGACCAGACGGUCAUUGCCGCGGUGCAAGAGCUGUUGAAGCGAGGGCAGAGCUAUGUUGGCGCAUUUCUGUUGAAGGACCAUGAUAGCAGCCAGGAUGUCAUCAACGAUCCGAGUGAGGUGUACGAUGUUGGCACUUUCUGCCAGAUCACGGGAGCCUUCCCGGCCGGCCAAGGCGAGGAGAAAGCCCUGCAAGCUGUGCUGUAUCCGCAUCGAAGGAUACGAUUGAGCGAAUUGAUUCCACCACAUACCACACCACCAGGCGCUCCUCAGCCCUCACAAGCGGCGCAAGCAGAAGAAAAGAAGGGCGACAUCGUGGCUUCCUUUGAAGAGCCUGGCACGGCUGCGGAACAGUCCAAGCCCGGGUCCGAGUACGAAGCCAAAUACGAUCCAACCGCCUUCCUACGCACCUGGCCUGUCUCGCUUGUGAAGGUUGAGAACCUCGCCGAUGAGCCAUUCGAUAAGAAAGCCCCGACCAUCCGAGCGUUGAUUUCAGAGAUUGUGAACACGUGCAAGGAGAUCGGGAACGUCAACACUCUGUUCAGAGAUCACGUGAGCGCAUUCGCCAUGUCUCAAUCGGCAGCAAACAUUGCCGAUGAGCCCGCAAAACUGGCAGAUUUCGCCGCGGCGAUAUCUGGCGGCGAGAUGGAGGAGGCGCAAGGAGUGUUGGCGAGCCUGAACAUCGAACAACGAUUAAGCAAGGCGCUGGAGGUGAUCAAGAAGGAGCAUAUGAACGCCCAGCUGUCCUCCAAGAUUAGCAAAGACGUGGAGAGCAAAAUUCAGAAGCGACAGCGCGAGUACUGGCUCAUGGAGCAAAUGAAGGGCAUCCGCCGCGAACUUGGACUUGAGAGCGACGGCAAGGACAAGCUGGUGGAGAAGUUCAGGGAGAAGGCUUCGAAGCUCGCCAUGCCGGAAGCGGUGAAGAAAGUGUUUGACGAAGAAAUCAACAAGCUCGCUCAUCUGGAACCCGCUGCCAGCGAGUUCAACGUCACGAGAAACUACCUGGACUGGCUAACGCAGAUUCCUUGGGGCCAACGGAGUGCGGAGAACUUCGGGAUUCGCCACGCACAGGAGGUCCUCGAUGAAGAUCACUACGGGUUGAAGGACGUCAAAGACCGGAUUCUGGAGUUUAUCGCCGUUGGCAAACUACGCGGCACCGUCGAAGGCAAGAUCUUGUGCAUGGUUGGGCCGCCCGGUGUCGGGAAAACCAGUAUUGGAAAGUCGAUUGCGCGUGCGCUCAACCGACAGUACUACCGCUUCAGCGUCGGCGGCUUGACCGAUGUUGCAGAGAUCAAGGGCCAUCGCAGAACCUACGUUGGCGCUCUUCCCGGCCGGAUCAUCCAAGCACUCAAGAAGUGUCAGACGGAGAACCCGUUGGUGCUGAUUGACGAAGUCGACAAGAUCGGACGUGGUCAUCAAGGUGAUCCAUCUAGUGCGCUGUUGGAAUUGCUGGACCCCGAGCAGAACUCUUCCUUCCUCGACCACUACAUGGACGUUCCUGUGGAUCUCAGCAAGGUGCUAUUCGUCUGCACGGCGAAUAUGACCGACACCAUCCCCCGCCCGCUGCUCGAUCGUAUGGAACUGCUCGAACUCAGCGGAUACGUGAGCGACGAGAAGAUGGCGAUCGCGGAGCGAUAUCUCUCGCCUCAAGCCAAGGAAGCGAAUGGGUUGAAAGAUGUCGACAUCAAGAUUGAACAAGACGCCAUUAUGGAACUCAUCAACAAGUACUGCCGCGAGUCUGGCGUGCGAAACCUGAAGAAGCAAAUCGACAAGGUCUAUCGCAAGUCCGCGCUCAAGAUCAUACAAGAUGUCGGCGAAGAUGUUCUGUCUGAGGACAAGGCGAUGACGGAGGAAGGCAAGAAGGCGCAAGAGGAAUCCGCCAAAGACGAAUCGGAUGUCACGGAAACGCCGACAGAAGAGAAGAUGGAAAAGGAGACCACGGAGCAGCCGCGCGUCGCUCUCAAGGUCCCGGAUGACGUCCACGUCAGCAUCGGCAAGGACAACCUCAAAGACUACGUCGGCCCUCCCGUCUUCACAAGCGACAGACUAUACGACAAGACUCCGCCGGGCGUCGCCAUGGGUCUCGCCUGGACGCAGAUGGGCGGCGCCGCGCUGUACGUAGAGAGCAUUCUCGAGAGCGCCCUCACCCACUCGUCCCGACCAGGCCUGGAGCGGACCGGUAAUUUGAAGCCGGUAAUGAAAGAGAGCACUCUCAUCGCCUACUCCUUCGCCAAAGGCCUACUCGCCCAGCAAUACCCAGGCAACAAGUUCUUCGAGAAGGCGCGGAUACAUCUGCAUUGUCCCGAGGGGGCGGUGCAAAAGGACGGGCCGAGCGCCGGCAUCACGAUGGCCACGAGUCUGCUGUCGCUGGCGUUGAACCGGAGUCUGGACCCCACGAUUGCCAUGACGGGCGAGCUGACGGUGACUGGGCGAGUGUUGCGGAUUGGAGGUCUGCGGGAGAAGACGGUCGCAGCGCGUAGAGCCGGAGCGAGAAUGGUUGUGUUCCCGCGAGACAAUACUUCCGAUUGGCUGGAGUUGCCUGAGAAUAUCAAGGAGGGCAUCGAGGGCAAGCCGGUCGAUUGGUAUUCGGACGUGUUUGAUCUGGUCUUCCCGGACGUGCAAGCGGCCGAAGUGAACAGGCUGUGGAAGAAGGAGCUCGCGAAGCCGGCGAAGGAGGAGAGGGAGAGUGAGGAUGGCGAUGGAGACCUGCUGAACUGAUCCAUACCCUGCGAAAGGCGCCCUUACGACCGUGAAGGAUGAGCAUACCAAACCAGGCCACUCGUAUCGCUGCGCCCGCUGGCGUCUAGACGUCAUUUGCGGAUUGGCGUGCGUCACCUCGAUGGAUCUCUUGAUGGACGCAGGGCUCGUUGGAGGGUGUUCGCGCACUUACAAACGCCGAUGUGGCCGUGUGGAGAGGAAGACGCAUGGCCAAAGUUGGACACGAUAUAAUAUAGACUCCGCUCAUGUACAGCUACACACACGU